GACACACACACACACACACACACACACACACACACACUCUCACACACACAGAGCGAGACACACACACACACACAGAGAGAGAGAGAGAGAGAGAGCUAGGCAUUAGUCUCCUCCUGUCAUCCUCACGAAUAAAGCCGUCAGCGUUUCUCCUCUCAGCCCUUUUGUUCCUUUCACUUUUCCCCACUAAAAGCAGCUCCACACAUCCGGACAUCAUCACAUCUUCUUUUUCCGUCGUGUUUUUCCUCUCCGGUUCUCCGACGAAUCUUUGUGUGGUAUUUAAUGGAACAUGGCGAUACGCACUCGGUCCUACAGCGUCGUGUGUUUGCUCACGGUUCAGAUCAUCAUCCUCAUCUUCAGCGUGCCGUGGAACGGCGUGGAGACUCUCACCUUCCCGCAGCAUUACACGAUAAUGCACUGGGCUCGGCAGAUAGAGCAGGAGAUCGACCGAGUCCUGCAGCAGAUCAGUGGCGUGCAGCAACUUAAAGGGCUGUACAUUGAGAAGAGGAGGCAGUACACCCUCGUCAGGAACAAUCCCAGAGAGAUAGUGGAGAAAGUGGCCUCAGACAUCGAGAAGCUGCUGUCCAAAAAGAAGAAGGCGCUGGAGAAACUGGCCACAGAAGCAGAGAGAGUGCAGACGGCUCAUCGAUGGCAGGAUGGAAUCAAGGAGUGGGAGAUCGAGUACUACGACUCCAAGGCUGAGAUGGAAUAUGACGGGGAGGAGAUGGAUCCUCAGAUGUCUCUGAAGCUGGAUUUUGUAUAUGACCCAAAUUUCAAAAACAACGUGAACUACUCGUGCACAGCGGUUCAGAUCCCCACAGACAUCUACAAAGGAGCGCCGGUGAUUCUGAACGAGCUGAACUGGACUCAGGCGUUGGAGAGGGUUUUUAUGGAGAACAGUAGAGACGACCCCUCACUGCUCUGGCAGGCAUUCGGCAGUGCCACCGGCGUCACCAGGUAUUAUCCAGCCACACCGUGGAGAGCGCCGGAUAAGAUCGACCUGUACGACGUGCGGCGGAGGCCCUGGUAUAUCCAAGGAGCUUCAUCCCCCAAAGACAUGGUCAUCCUCGUGGACGUGAGUGGCAGUGUGAGUGGUUUAACUCUGAAGCUGAUUAAAGCUUCAGUAACAGAAAUGUUGGACACACUAUCUGAUGACGAUUACGUUAAUGUGGCACGGUUUAACGAGAAGGCAGAGGCAGUCGUGCCGUGUUUUAAACACUUGGUUCAGGCGAAUGUGAGGAACAAAAGAAUCUUUAAAGAACACGUGUCACAGAUGCAGGCCAAAGGCACGACGGACUACAAAUCAGGAUUCCACUUUGCCUUCAACCAGCUGCUCAACAAGACAAACGUCCCCAGAGCAAACUGUAAUAAAAUAAUCAUGUUGUUUACGGACGGCGGUGAGGAUCGAGCUCAAGACAUCUUCGAGCAGUACAACUGGCCCAACAAGACGGUUCGAGUGUUUACGUUCUCAGUGGGGCAGCACAACUAUGACGUCACGCCGCUGCAGUGGAUUGCCUGCGCUAACAAAGGUUACUAUUUUGAGAUCCGCUCCAUCUGCGCUAUCAGGAUUAACACCCAGGAGUAUUUGGAUGUGCUCGGUCGCCCCAUGGUCUUGGCUGGGCGAAGUGCCAAGCAGGUUCAGUGGACCAACGUUUAUCAGGACGCCCUGGGUUUGGGCUUGGUGGUGACUGGGACUUUGCCUGUCUUUAAUCUCACUAUGGACGGAAACUCUCAGAAUCAGCUGAUCCUGGGAGUGAUGGGUGUGGACGUUCACCUGGACGAACUGAAGAGACUUGCUCCGCGCUAUAAUCUUGGAGCCAAUGGCUACAUUUUUGCCAUCGACCCAAAUGGAUAUCUGCUCCUUCACCCAAACCUGCAGGCCAAGGUGGUGGACCUGCCUGAACCUGUGACUCUGGACUUUUUGGAUGCUGAGGUGGAAGACAGCAAUAAACAGGAGAUCCGAAGGCAGAUGAUAGACGGCCGAGCAGGUGAGAUGACCAUCAAGACACUUGUCAAGUCAAUGGAUGAGCGCUAUAUUGAUGAGGCAGUACGGACUUAUGCUUGGACCCCCAUAAAUAACACUGAUUACAGCUUAGGCCUGGUGCUGCCUCCAUACAGCGAGCACUACAUCCAGGCUGACCUGAGUGACGUUAUGCUCCAGCUGCAGUAUCUGCAGUCUCUGCUGCCCAACUCUUUUGAGUCAGCUGGGCACGUCUUCCUGGCCCCGAGAGAAUACUGCAAGCGCCUGCACAUCUCCGAGAACAAUACUCAGUUCCUGGAGAGCUUUCUAUCACUGAUGGUGGAGAUCACACCAGAGACAGAGGACUGUGACCAAGGCCUGAUUCACAAUGCAAUUCUGGACUCGGGGAUCAUCUGGCAGCUGGCCACCAAGGCUUGGAAGAACAAGGAUCUGAACACGUAUGGCUUCCUGGCACUGUUCGCUUCCACCGACGGAGGCGUUACGAGAGUCUAUCCAAACACAGCUGCAGAAUAUUGGGAUGAAGACUUAGAACCUCUGAAUUCCAUCUUCUACCAUCGCAGUCUGGACAACAAGGGCUACAUCUUCAGAGCCCCAACUCGAACAUCCCUGGAGGACCCUUUGAUCACGGAGAACGGCCCAACGGGGAUCCUCGUCUCAACUGCUGUGGAGGUUACGGUGCAAGGCAAAACACUGAAACCAGCAGUGGUGGGGGUCAAGCUGGAUUUGGAGGCAUGGGUCGACAAGUUCAAGAUUCUGGCCAGCAACGUGUCUGACAACAGGCAAGGUUCUCACAAGUGUGGUCUUUCCAGAUCCUGUGAGAUGGACUGUGAGGUCAACAGUGAUGAUCUGCUCUGCUACCUGAUUGAUGACGGUGGCUUUUUGGUGAUGUCUAAUCAGAGAGACCACUUGAAAAAGGUCGGGUUGUUUUUCGGAGAAGUAGAUCCCUACCUAAUGCACGCACUCUAUAAUAACUCCAUCUACGCCCGGAGGCAGACGUUCCAGUACCAGUCGACGUGUGAGCCGAUGUCCAGCAGCCACACAGGAGCUGCAGUACGCCACUACCUUGUGCCCUCCAUUGCAGAUUUGCUUAAUUUGGCCUGGUGGACAUCUGCGGUUGCUUGGUCUGUCCUGCAGCAGCUUUUCUAUGGCCUUGCAUACAACACCUGGUUUAACACAGGUGAUUUUGCAUUUGCCGAAGGUACAGAGACCAGAGGAAGCAGUAACUGUGUGACGAUUCAGAGUCAGUUCUUCUUUACCAACACCACCAACUCCUUCAGCAUGCUGCAGGACUGUGGAAACUGCUCCAGGUUAUUCCAUGCUAAGAGGAUAGAAAACACCAACCUGCUGUUCGUGGUGGCUGAAACUCUUCCCUGCAGCUCCUGCGAGAUUGAAAAGCUCACACAAGUCCGGAUGGAGUUUCAGGAGGAAAUUCCUUGUGACGUGUUGAACGCCGCCCGAUACCGGAAAGGACCUGAGAAGUGCUUUGAUUACAAUUCUAUGGAGAACACAUCGGAGUGUGGGCGGGCUCAGUCAUUGCACUGUUCAAUUGGGAUCCUCCUCUGGGUCCAGUUAAUGUUGCUUUACCUCACCGUACAAUCUUAAGCCUCUCUGUUCGUCCUGCUCCCUUCUACCCUCGUAAAGCGUCCAUAAUCCCUGCGGCUUUUUUGUUCUUAUUCUCCUCUUCAGUGCUUCUUUCUGCUUCGACUGUCUUCCCAGAAUUCCCUUGGUCCUUUUGCCCUAUUCUGAAGUGCUUUUAUAUCCUUAACACAUCCAGAUGGGUUGAUUGAGAUGCUCUGUGUCUUAGUAACCUGCCGUUGUGCAUAACUUCUAGUGACUAUUCUGGAUCUUAUAUUUAAGGAGAGCUUUGUUAAAAAGAAAAGAAUAAUUUUGCGAAACAAGUAAUGUAAAUGUGCAUCAAACCUGCAUGCGGAAUCCAGCACUUUCUCUCUCUCUCUCUCUCUCUCUCUCUCUCUCUCUCUCUCUCUCUCUCUCUCUCUCUCUCUAUAUAUAUAUAUAUAUAUAUAUGGAGAGACAACAUGGCUGUUUGAUCUUGAGCAGUCUUUACAAUUAUGCUUAUAUAUUGUUUAUCUAUCUAUCUAUCUAUCUAUCUAUCUAUCUAUCUAUCUAUCUAUCUAUCUAUCUAUCUAUCUAUCUAUCUAUCUAUUUAUUUAACUAUUUUGCUAAACGCCUCAAGCUUUCCUCGCGCUGCUAUCAAACCAGAGCUUUGUGGUUGUGGAGAUUAAAUUUGUCCUUGUAAUGCCUGUAUUCUCUCCCUGGAGGUAAAAUCACAUUUAAAGAAAGAUAUAUCAAGAAUGUCUAAAGGCACAUAGUGUGUACAAAUCUAAAUGACUGUCUGGUUUGCUACCAAAAGGUGCCUUGGUGCACUUGGUCCUCCUAUUGGAUAGCUUAGGUUUUUGCUAAUCCUGAGUAAAUGUCAGAAGAGUGACAUUUUAAAUGAGGUUUAAAAAGCUCAGAGUACUAUGUCAAAACAGAAAAAAUAUCACCUCAUUUCUGUCCUGUCAAAGACGUUCCCUGCAAAGCGUUUGUGGGCUGGAACUUGUAUCCGCUAUCAUGAAUUAAUGUUUUAUUCUAAAGAAUAUUCUAAAGUAAAAUAUUGAGUAAUUUAUCGCUUUUUCCAUUGACAUAUUUUGAUGUUGCCAUGUGAUGGACUGUUUAACAAGGAUUGCAUAAUCACUAACCUUUUCUUAUAUUUCUUCCACUGGACAGUAAGUUCAGCAUAUGCCUUUAGUCAAUUUUACCCACAUACAAUAAUGAACAAUUGGCCAGCUGUAUAAUAUCGAAACCACUGCAGUUAAUGAUCUAACGUUAAUGUUGCAUGGUGCUCAAAGCUGUUCGUGUGAGGCAAAUAGAGUUUUUAAACCAAAUAAGUGGAAUAACCCAGGAACACUUAUGAGAAUCAUCCUACACCUUUCUAAUGAAAUAGCUGAAGGUUUGAUGUUGAUGAGGGUGCCUUAAAACCAGUAUCUGAGUGUAGACUAUUAAAAUAACCUGGUUUUGUGUAACCUGGUGCUGUUGAUGUCACCUGGAACAAAACAUAAUACAGUGAUGUCUUUAGCAGUGGCACCUGACUUCCUCGUCUAACACUCAUCUCUAAAAUUCACUUGAGCUAAUGAAGUGAGAUGCCUUAAGAUGGCAGGUGGCAAGGGGAGGUCGAUAAUUGGGUGUUACAUAACAUAACAACUAAAAGUUGUGUAUCUCAAUGCUCCCUAUUACAAGCUCUGGGUUACUGCCUCACGCUUAUCUCUGUGUCUACAAGCGUUCUGCUUAUCUCAAGCGUUGUAUUCAUGUAAAUAUGGAGCUUUAGUACUAUGCUUAUCUAAUACAGUGAUUUCUUUUUGAUUAGACAAAUGUGCUUUCUCGGUGCAUGACAGGGAAAGUGCCCGUGUGACUGAUCCCAGGGCUAAUGCUAAAAUGGUUUCCAUUUCAUUAUGCAGUGCACUGUAGGGCUUAAGGCUAAGCUUUAAUAGCCACUUAAUACCCUGUUUAGUGCAUUAGAUGUCAGAGAGGGAGCCAUUUCCGAUCACAGAACUUCUCCACAGGGCGACAAUUGCAGCUUGGAAACUGCCCAUGAUUCUGAUGUUACAAUGUAUAUUUAAGGGAAAAAAAUGAUUUUGCGUCCUUUUUAAAAGCUAUUUUGAAAUGUAAGAUGAUUUACUGCAUGAAUGUAUGUAUGUAUUUAUUUGGUUGAUUUUUUUUUUUUUUUUUACAUGCCGAUUAGUCAUGCCAGUGUUUUAUUUAAAUGUUCUAUUUAUGAGUUCAUAUACUGCCACUGUAAUUCAGGCAGAAGGAGAUAUAUUUGGUAUUAAUAUGACAAAAUGGUAACAUUCUGCCUCAGCUCUAGUAAAGAAGAUUUGAGCUUAAAGUGACAACAGUUUUUCAGUGUUCCUUAAAUCCAGAUCUUUGUUACAUUUGAUGGUUUGUGUAGAUUUUCAACUGAAUUUUGUGUUGAGAUGUUUUAAUAUUUACAAUGUUUGAAUUAAUAUCUUUAGGUAAUUUAAAAGUGUAAAUGGAGAAACUGAGGAAGUGAGAAUGACAGCAUGAUAUCACUUUGAUUUUGCUUGAUGUCUGUCUGAUUUUUAUUAAAAAGGCUAUUUUAAAUAAUUGUCAUUUAUUUGCCACUUAUGAAGGUAUGUAUGCUGUCGUUAUUACGAAAAGCUUUUAGUAUGGCGAUGGAUUUAUUAAUGUGAAUAGGUGUUUGUCUCCCUCUUUUUUAUCUUUCAUUUUUUGCUGCUGUGAGGGGGAUUUUUUAUUUUAUUUCUUCAAGUCUUCCGUAUUGUUUGUUUUGUACAGAUAGCACAAAUAUGUCUUGGAGCACUAACUUUGUAUGACAUUAUGUGAUUCACCAUGUUAGAAACUGUUUAUAAGAGAAUUGGUGAUAAAGACAUUCAUAUUUUUCAUGUCAAA